AAAGGUGAAGCAGAUGCUAUCAGCUUGGAUGGAGGUUUUGUCUACACUGCUGGCGUGUGUGGCUUGGUGCCAGUGAUGGGAGAAAACUAUGAGGAGAACAGUCAAUGCAGCAAAGCAGAAGGAGAACCAGCAUCCUACUUUGCUGUGGCUGUCGUGAAGAAAUCCAACGGCGACAUCACGUGGAACAACCUGCAGGGGAAGAAGUCAUGUCACACUGCUGUCGGGAGGACUGCUGGCUGGAACAUCCCCAUGGGCCUGAUCCACAACAGGACAGGAAACUGCAAUUUUGAUGAAUAUUUCAGUGAGGGCUGUGCUCCUGGCUCUCCUCCCAACUCCCGUCUCUGCCAGCUCUGCCAGGGCUCAGGGGGGGUCCCACCAGAGAAAUGUGUUGCCAGCAGCCAUGAGAAAUACUAUGGAUACACUGGAGCUUUCAGGUGCCUGGUUGAGCGAGGGGACGUGGCCUUUAUUAAGCAUUCCAUCGUGGAGGAAAACACUGAGGGCAAAAAUAGAGAAGAAUGGGCCAAAAAUCUGAAAAUGGACCAAUUUGAGUUGCUGUGCACUGACGGGCGACGGGAGAACGUCAUGGCUUACAGGACCUGCCACUUGGCCAAGGUUCCUACCCACGCUGUGAUCACACGUCCUGAGAGGGCAAGAAAAGUCCGUGAGCUGCUGGAAAGACAGGAGAAACUGUUUGGAACCAAAGGAGUGGCAAAAGACAGGUUCAAGAUGUUUGAGUCUGAAACCAAGGAUCUGCUGUUUAAAGACCUGACCAAGUGCCUGGUGAAACUCCGUGAUGGAAUAACAUAUAAGGAAUUCCUUGGAGAUCAAUACUAUGCCUCAGUGGCUAGCCUCAAUACCUGCAAUCCAUCAGAACUCCUCCAGGUGUGCACUUUCCUCGAGGACAAGUAG